AUGGGCACACUUGUAUUUCAAGCUUUAUCGACACUUUGUGUCCUAGUUGAUCAAACAAUAUUAAAUCGUUUAAUUCAGUUCAAUUCAACGCAAUAUAUAAGUGCAUCUGUAACACCUUCAAAUGUAUUUCAACUACAAACUGAUGCAUUUAUAUCUCAAUUCAUAUCGUCAACAACAAAUGAAUUUUUACUGUCACUUGCUAUGAUACGAAAAACAACUCAAAGCAACGCUUUGGUGUCUGGACAAUUCACUAAUUAUAGAUUCUAUCCUGGCAAUGAUGAUUAUUUAUUUACAAAAUCUGCACGGUACGGUGAUUGUACAUGUUCUUCAUCAGCCACAUGCAGUGAUCAAUAUGCAGUUGUGUAUUAUCCUAAUUUCACGGAUAUAUUUCCUUUACCAGGUCUUUAUACGGGAUGUUAUAUAAUUGAAUCACUACUUCAGUCUGAUCUUCAAUGUUUUUAUAAUCAAACCUGCAUCAAUAAACUACAAUCAUAUUUGGGAUCGUCUACACUUAUGAAUGUGACAGCUCUUGAUAUAUCACUGUCAAUCCAGUAUUUGGAAAACUCAACAAUUGCAGAUAUUCUUGAUCAGCUGAUGGUUGAAGAAUGGAAUUCAUCAAGUAUAUAUGAGAAUUAUUACAAUGAAUGUCAACCAUCAAGGUGUACUUAUACUGUUCCGGCGAAGAAUAGUGCCAUAUAUAUUGUUACAACUCUGAUCGGAUUAGUUGGUGGUUUAAUUACAGUAUUGAAAUUGAUAGCGCCCAUAUUAGUCAAGUUCGUAACGAAACGCAUUUACAAAGCACAAAAACCAGAAACUGAAACAGUUAAUGUCAAAGCACCUUCUAUCAAACAAUAUGAACAACUCUAUAAUUCAUAUAGUCAAACAUUAACAUGUGAUUGUACACAAGUAUCAAUUAACUAUAAGAAAUUUAUUCAAAUUCAAUACACGCUACAUCACAUAUGUGAUAGUGACUUUGUUACACAACAAUGGAUCAAUUAUCUUGCCACCUCGUCUGGAAACAAUGAACUAGAUUACACCGACUUUCGAGUAACAAGUACAUUUGCAUUUCAAACUAUGAACGCAUUUUGUACACUAGUGAAUCAAACAAUAUCGAAUAGUUUAAUUCAGUUCUACUCAAAUCAAUAUGUAAGUGCAUCUGUAACACCAUCAAAUGUAUUUCAACUACAAACUAAAGCAUUUAUAUCUCAAUUCAUAUCAUCAACAAGAAACGGAUUUUUAUUAUCACUUACUAUGAUACGAAACAUAACUCAAAGCAAUGCUUUACUCUCUGGUGAACUAAUUAAUUUUGGAUUCUAUUUACCAACUAGAUAUUCCUUAAUUCCAAAUUCACGCUCGUAUGGUAAUUGUACAUGUACUUCUUCAGCUACAUGCAUUAGUCAAUCCGCAAUUUACGGUUUAUUGAACGACGCAGUAUUAUUUUAUGUUCCAGGCGUUUAUACAGGAUGUUAUAUAAUUGAAUCAUUACUUCAAUCUAAUCUUCAAUGUUUUUAUAAUCAAACCUGCAUCAAUAAACUACAAUCAUAUUUUCAAGUAUUUUCACUUAUGAAUGUGACAGCUCUUGAUAUAUCAUUGUCGAAUAAGUUUUUUGAAAACUCAACAAUUGCAGAUGUUCUUGAUCAAUUGAUGGUAGAAGAAUGGAGCAAUUCAAGCAUCUAUGAGAAUUAUUACAGUGAAUGUCAACCAUCAAGGUGUACUUAUACUGUUUCGGCGAAGAAUAGUGCAAUAUAUAUUGUUACAAUGUUGAUUGGUUUAUUGGGUGGUUUGAUUACAGCAUUAAAAUUUUUAGUACCAUAUUUGGUGAUGCUACAUCACAUAUGUGAUAGUGACUUUGUUACACAACAAUGGAUCGAUUAUCUUGCCACGCUGUCUGAAAACAGUAAACUAAAUUACACCGACUUUCGAGUAACAAGUACAUUUACAUUUCAAACUAUGAAUGCAUUGUGUACAUUAGUGAAUCAAACAAUAUCGAAUAGUUUAAUUCAGUUCUACUCAAAUCAAUAUGUGAGUGCAUCUGUAACACCAUCAAAUGUAUUUCAACUACAAACUGAUGCAUUUGUUUCUCAAUUCAAAUCAUCAGCAACAAAUGGGUUUUUGUUAUCACUUGCUACGAUACGAAAAACAACUCAAAGUAACAGCUUAUUCAGUGGUCACCUAACUAAUUACCUCCUUUAUGAAUCUGGUGGUGCUAUGGCUCGAAUUGCACGGUGGUACGGCAACUGUACGUGCACUUCUUCGGCUACAUGCAUUAGUCAAUCUCCAAUGUAUGAUUUAGCCAACGAUACGAUAUUAUUCUCUGUGCCAGGUCUUUAUACGGGAUGUUAUAUAAUUGAAUCACUACUUCAGUCUGAUCUUCAAUGUUUUUAUAAUCAAACCUGCAUCAAUAAACUACAAUCAUAUUUGGGAUCGUCUACACUUAUGAAUGUGACAGCUCUUGAUAUAUCACUGUCAAUCCAGUAUUUGGAAAACUCAACAAUUGCAGAUGUUCUUGAUCAGUUGAUGGUUGAAGAAUGGAAGAAUUCAAAUGACACCGCUGGAACACAGAAGCAAAUGGAAAAAUUGAAUAGAGGUUUAGUGGCUGUGCGAAUAAGUAGUAGCCAAGUCUACAUAAGUUGGCGUUUGUUUGGUACUGAUCCAUCAACAAUUGCCUUUGUUUUAUAUAGGGGUUCAACGAAAAUUACAUCAAUACCUUUAAGCGAUCGUACAAACUUCGUUGAUAAUACUACUACAAAUGAUAUUUACACAGUUAAGUCCGUUUUGGACGGUGUAGAACAAGUAUAUUCAGAAUCAGCUAGUAUCUGGGCGCAACAAUACUUGAGUAUAUCUCUAAAAAUCCCCACAGGUGGGACAUCACCUGAUGGCAUUGCCUAUACAUAUAGUGCUAAUGAUUGUAGUGUUGGUGAUCUAGAUGGAGAUGGAGAAUAUGAGAUAGUACUGAAAUGGGAUCCAUCAAAUGCUCAUGACAAUGCACAUUCUGGAUAUACAGGUAAUGUAUAUUUGGAUGCCUACAAACUAAAUGGCACACAUUUAUGGCGUAUUGAUCUUGGAAAAAAUAUUCGUGCUGGUGCACAUUACACUCAGUUUAUAGUAUAUGAUCUAGAUGGAGAUGGAGAAGCUGAAGUUGCAUGUAAAACUGCUGAUGGCACCAAAGAUGGAACAAAUGCUAUCAUUGGCGAUGCAAAUGCAGACUAUCGAGCAUCAAAUGGUUAUAUUCUUUCGGGUGCUGAAUUUUUAACUGUAUUCAAUGGACGAACAGGUAAAGCCAUGGCUACAACUGAUUAUAUGCCAGCUCGCGGUUCUGUAUCUUCAUGGGGUGAUAAUUAUGGAAAUCGAGUGGAUCGUUUCGUUGCAGCUGUUGCUUAUCUAGAUGGUACACGACCAAGUUUAAUUAUGGGAAGAGGAUAUUAUACUAGAUUAGUACGAGUAGCAUGGGAUUGGAGAAAUGGAAAACUUACACGUCGCUGGACAUUUGAUAGUUCAUCAUCAACACCAGGAAAUAAUGACUAUUUUGGUCAAGGAAAUCAUCAAAUGUCUGUUGGGGAUGUUGAUGGAGAUGGAAAAGAUGAAAUUUGCAAUGGUGCAAGCACUAUCGAUGAUAAUAGUACAGGAUUAUAUGCAAAUGGAAAGGGACAUGGUGAUGCUCUCCAUAUGACGGAUAUAGAUCCCGAUAGAGUAGGACAGGAAGUUUGGCAAUGCUUUGAGAGUGUAAGCUCUUAUGGAACGACUGGAUUAGGUUUAUUUGAUGCUAAAACUGGUCAGACCAUAUGGGGUGUUCCUGCAACCGGUGAUGUUGGCAGAGCUAUGGCUGCUGAUAUAGAUCCACGUCACAAGGGUCUGGAAGUGUGGGGAGCAGCUGGUGGAUUAUAUAAUUGUAAAGGUACUCAAAUUGCGACAAGUAAACCAUCUAUGAAUUUCGGUAUAUGGUGGGAUGGUGACCUUUCACGAGAGCUUUUAGAUGGAACAAAGUUGGAUAAAUGGGACUAUACUAAAAAUGUAUUAAAUCGAUUAAUUAGUUUCUAUAAUUAUGCUGAUGCUACUGACAAUAACGGAAGUAAGAAAAACCCAGGAUUGGUUGCAGAUUUGCUUGGUGAUUGGCGCGAAGAAGUUAUCUUUAGAAGUAGCGAUAAUACCAGACUAUUGUUAUUCACCACAAUAAUUCCCACCAAUACCCGUAUCUACACACUGAUGCACGAUCCACAAUAUCGAGUCGCUGUGGCAUGGCAAAAUUCUGCUUAUAAUCAACCGCCUCAUCCUGGAUUUUAUCUAGGAACAGACAUGCCUGAACCACCAAAACCAAAUAUAGUAUUGGUUUAA